AUGGAGAAGUACUCGAUGGAGUGUUACAUGCGCCAGUACUGGAGCGACGAGCGACUCAAGUUCAACGGGCCGCUGGACCAGCUCACGCUCAACAUCAAGAUGCUGGAGGCGCUGUGGAAGCCCGACACCUACUUCCACAACGGCCUCGGCUCCUACGUGCACAUGACCACGCGGCCCAACAAGCUUAUCAGGAUCAACCAAAACGGAGACAUCCUUUACUCUAUGAGGCUCACGAUCAAGGCCAAGUGUCCAAUGGUUCUGAGGAAUUUCCCAAUGGAUAAACAGUCGUGUCCUCUCGUCAUCAGCAGCUUCGGCUACACAGACAAGGAGGUGCGGUACGAAUGGGCGCCCAAGAAGGUGGAGUUCGAAGAAGGAAUGGGGCUGAGUCAGUUCGACAUCUUGAACACGAAAUGCAACAAUUACUCGGUCAGAUGGAGGUCGGGGAAAGGUCUCUUCUCGGCUCUGCAAGUGAACUUCAACCUGUCUCGGAGCGCCGGCUACUUCCUCAUCCAGGUGUACGUGCCUUGCUUCCUCAUCGUGGUGCUGUCCUGGGUGUCCUUCUGGAUCAACCGCGAGGCCACGAGCGAUCGGGUCGGCAUCGGCAUCAUAACGGUGCUGACGCUGGCGACCAUCAGCCUCGACACGCGCACGGACCUCCCGAAGGUGCACUACGCGACGGCCCUCGACUGGUUCAUCCUCAUGAGCUUCGGCUACUGCAUCGCCACGCUCCUCCAGUUCGCCGGCGUCCACUUCUUCACCAAGGUCGGCUCCGGAGAGAUCAUGGCCGAGGAGGAGGAGUGGGAGGACCUGGAGAUCGUGGAGGACUGCAGCCCUGAGGUCGUCGAGGAGUGCGUCCAGACGUACGACUCGCCCCACGACGCCGCCUGCGGGACUUCGGUCGAGGGGCGGAUCGAGGUCGUCUUCCUGAAUUCGAAUCACCCGAACUGCCCGCGGAGCGCCGCCACGCUCUACGCCACGCUCAACUCCGACGCCGGGGUACUGAACCACGCAGGGGACUGCCUGGCCACCUUCAGGACGGCGGAGACGCAGACCGAGAAGAAGGAGCGGUGCUGGACGCAGUUCCUCCACUGCGUCGUAGGAGACGACCAGUACCGACGGGAGCGGCAGCGGAGAGCGUGUCUCCAGCGCUCGGUCAACUCCGUCUCCGCCAUCGACACCGUCAGUCGCAUCCUCUUCCCGGCGUCCUACGGUCUCCUGAACCUGUGGUACUGGUACUCCUACUACGACACGGAGCUCAUAUCCAACUGGUCCGACCCGGGCUUCGAGAACUCGGCGAGACAGUAGAGAAGAGGAGCUGUCGAAUUCUUCUCUCUUAUUAUCAUUAUUGAAUUAAGCUUUGGGUUAUUGUAUGACAGUUUCCUUCGCCAUAGUAUAGUUUUACCUUUAUAUAAUCUAUAUGCUACAAAGAGGCCCUUCAAUACGUAGAAGUUCUAGGAAAACAACGUGUCUGCUAGAUAUGACCCUGUGAACGGAGAUGCUAACUUUCUCAAGAACCCAGGAAAUUUCGAGGGAGAAAGUUUAUUAAAAUCGAUACACGUUACAAAAACACACAGCAAUCGAUGAUUGUUCAGAUCGUAAGUCAUGCACUUGUCUGACAUCCAGUGUCACUGAUGCGAUGCAAUACUGUGUUUUGUUCAGUGCAAGCUUUUUAAUUGCCCAUGCCUAAUAGAUGCCACUUUCCAAUAAUAGACGGAGGAAGUGACAGGGACAGCAGUCUUUUUCCGGAAGUACCAUGAAACAAUUUAUUUUUGUAAAAUAACUCAUGUCACGGAAAGCAUAUUGAAAAUAAUCCUUUUGCGUAGGUCACUGCCCCAGUGCUAUUGUGAAAUGUUUGUUGUCAUUAAUGCAGCGUAAUUCGACUAUAAGAGCAUCAGACACUCCUAUCUUAUCUGUUACCUUGAGUUUGGCAUCCCUAUCUAUGCGUCCGAUAGCGUUGCCAGUGGGUCACUAGCGUAGAUAACGUAGUCUGGCCUUGAGGGCAACCGACGCCAUUCAGCCAUGUCAUGCUUUUGUUUCAUGUUUCCUUGUUGCUGCGUUCGCCUAUUAUUCACAGGACAUAGUUUUGUGUACGAGCACUAUAAUCAACACGACACAUUGCUGUCUUACUGUGAGACACCCUGAUUAUGAUUUGUGUAUGAUGAUAUACUGCAUUGUGGUCUGGUGACGCUAUGUGCACCUACAGAAAACAGACUCAUACUCUGUGCAUAUAAUUGUAAUAAUUAACGUGCAUACCCCAAUGUUGUGGCAGCUACAGCGUAAGCACAAACGUUACCCACGUGGCUUCAUUCAAGCAGCUUCAAAACGAAUAUAUUUUGUGACACUAUCUUAUCAGUCAUGUAGACCCUGCCUGGCCAGUCAUAGGUUCCAAGGCUUCUCUAGCGCUUCUCUAUGCCAAAUGAUUAUUAUUAUUAACUAAAGGAAACUAUUCCUUACUUAACUUUAUGAAAUUCAUUCGACAAAAUCACGAUUAAUCUAUAUCUAUAAUCUGAGUGUCUGGACCAUUCUGUGAUCUCAAGAGCCAAAGGUAUUUACUAGAAAAGGGUAAAAAAUAUAUCUGGAAUCAUCUAUUUUUGCUUCAUCUCAAGUGAAUUUCGUAAAGGCUGUAAUGCUGACAACAAGAGCUUAAAUCAUCCAUCCAUAAAUUUCUUACAUUGUUUGUACUGCAGUAGUAAAUUGUUACAACCAUAUGACAACACAAAAAUCUUAUUCGUCUUUAUACGUGUAAGCGCGCAAGUGUGUGUGUGUGCGUGUGUGUGUGUGUGUGUGUGUGUGUGUGUGUGUGUGUGUGUGUGUGAAGGAGAUAUGUAUGUGGGCAUGUGUGCAUGUGUUUGUUUACACGUAUAUGCUAAUCAUUAAAUCGUUCACUUUGUCUCUUAAUUAUUUCUGCAAGUAUAACAAUGUAUGGAAGUAUUACAAAUCUAGUGAAUUAACCUUAAAAAAAAAUCGUGAGAAACACAAAAACAAGAAUCACUAUUUAAAAAACAAAAACAUGACAACCACACACACAGUCACUCGCGCAAAACACACAGCAGACGCAUUACGAGAAUAUACACCAGUUUGUGAACCUGUUAAAAUAAAAAAUAAAAAAAAAAAAAAAAACAACCAAAGAGCGAAAUCGCCCUAUCAAAAUCUAAUGGUGUAUUUUUCUUCGCUGUUGUUCAUGAAAUAACUGCUGAUAUGAUAUGAGCCUGCUGUCAUUACGAGUAGAAACACGUCCGUACAUUCAUCGACGGUAAACAGAGGUAUUCAAUGCUGUGUAACGUGUUAGUCCGCAAAUGUUCAGGUUAAGAAAGCUUUUAGAUUACGAAAUACCUAGACUGUUGGUUUUGCUUAGUCAUUGGUUGGUGGCAGGUGUAUGUUACAAAACAUGAUAUUAUGGAAGAAUGUUUGAUGUAUAUUAUAAUGUUAAGGUAAUAAAUGACGCAUAUGCUUUAUGUUACGUUUA